UAAGGCAUCUGCAGCAGUCAUUGCCUGGAGGUACUCAGGGCUGGAGGAGGCUGAAGCGGCAGGGCUAGGAUUGCAAGUCUGUGAAGACAAUCCGAGCACAGUCCCGACAGGCAGGCACUUCUUGAAACAUUAGAUAAAACUAACCAAGACCGUAACUUUCUUCAGGUGGAAACUACUGACAGAUUUGGUAGGAGGGCUGGAAACUGUGAGCAGGGCUUCGAUUGUAUGAGCUUUCCCGCACCCUGGAUUCCCCCUAUGAUGUGGAAAGAUUGGUAGAGGUGGCAGCUGACUCAGUAGAGAUCUGAGUGGAUCUUUCCUGUCCCGAACCUACCAAAGAAAUUCCAUGAACCCGUAUUUUCUUCGGUGGAAUUCUAUUUUCAGUUAAAAUUCAGCUGCUUGGACAAAUGUAUACAAAUGCAUUUAGGAGCCCAGAGGACAAGGAGUGGAAUCGUUUCUCCAGCUUCCAAAGUGAGAACCCUCCUUUUAUUGGCAACAUGCACAGUAGUAAUAUUUGCACAAGAACACGCAAGAGGUGUCGAUAUUCUUCAUCAUCUUGGCCUUACAGACAACAGAGGACGACAUUUCUCAAGUCAGACAAUUUUUCCAACCCCAGCUACUUCAUCAUUCCCUCAGGGUGUUCUAUUUUUAAGAACAGGAGUUCUGUUAUUGAGAGACACACGUAUUGAAACUUCAUCUUCAGGCAUAUUUCGGCCUGGAUUUGGAAAUGAAUUUACAAUUAUUGUUAGUAUAUGCUCCCAGAGAGUGAACAAUGCAUUUCUUUUCAGCAUUAGAAAUAAGAAAAACAGACUACAGUUUGGAAUUCAGCUUUUACCAAAGAAGAUAGUCGUUUAUGUUGCUGAAAAGAAAUCAGUUUAUUUUAAUUACAAUGUACAUGAUGAACAUUGGCACUCAUUUGCUAUUGGUGUCCAGGAGCAAUCUGUUUCUUUUUAUGCUAAUUGUGGAGAGAAGCAUUCCAUUAAGGAAAUCUUUGAGAGGCCACAGAAACUGGAUUCUAAUGGUUUAUUUACAUUAGGAAGGAUGAACUUCAAAACAGUUCAAUUUGAAGGCAUAAUAUGUCAACUGGACAUUUAUCCCUCUGCGCAGGCAGCUGCAAAUUAUUGCAAUUAUUUGAAAAAACAGUGUCGUCUUGCUGAUACAUACCGAUCUUCACCAACCCUGGUUACUCCAACAUCAAGUGCUUCAUUUCAAAACUUACCAGACUUGCAACCUGAAAAUAGAGCUUUAAAUCAUUUCUUUCACAAUAUCUCUAAACCUAACUAUAUGACAUAUCCAGUUAAAAACAACCCACAGGUACAUCAGAUCUUCAGUCCAGAGAAGGAACUGGCAGCAUUUUCUAAAAGAAACAAUGAGGAUAGUCAUGUUAAAACAAUUCAGUUGCUGCAUCCAAAUACUGUUGAAACUAGUAACUCUGCAGGUCAGAUUUUUGAAAAAGUACAGACUGAUUGGGGUACUGAACAGAAAAAGAAAGCUGCCUCAGGGAGGGGAGCAGAGCCCCAGAAAAGUCAUACAGACAAUUUCACAGAAGAUGAAAAGCAAAUAACUGCACUGCCUAAAGGUGAUGAGUUUUCUCCUCUUUUAUCUCCUUUAAAGCAAAAAAGAAUAAAAGAUAGCUUUAUAAAUGAAACCAAAACUAAUGCACAGGCUGAUAAGUUUAUGGAUAUUCAGAUGAAAGGCAACACUACAUUAUAUAGAGAAACAUCAUCUAUCAACCAAGUGGAUCCCUGGGAAGAAUCAUCCUAUACUGAUGUCAAUUAUAACACUGAAAGAGCUUAUGACUUUGAUAUAGAAAGUUAUGAAUACGGCGAUGGAGAUCUUGACUAUUCUGAAGAUUACAGUGGCAUACCGGGACCAAGAGGUGAUCCAGGACCACCAGGUCCUACAGGGCCCCCAGGGCUUCCAGGUCCACCAGGAAGGAGAGGGCCAAGGGGAAUGCCAGGGCCACAUGGAAAUCCAGGACUUCCAGGCUUGCCUGGGCCAAAGGGUUCAAAAGGAGAUCCAGGAUUAUCACCAGGUCAGGCACCACCUGGAGAGAAGGGUGACCCAGGUUCUCCAGGUCAUACAGGCUCUCCUGGCCCAUCUGGUCAAUUGGGUCCCAAAGGGUAUCCAGGUCUGCAAGGCCCUCCUGGUGAACAAGGCAUUCCAGGUCUGGUGGGAAGUCCAGGUGCCGCUGGUUACCCUGGCAGGCAGGGUUUAGCUGGACCACAAGGGAGCCCUGGCCCCAAAGGCGUGAGAGGUUUUAUAGGACCCCCUGGCGUGGCAGGCCUACCUGGACCAGAAGGAGAACGAGGAGAACCAGGCUCUGUUGGUAAAACAGGUCCAAAAGGAAGACCGGGUCCUGUUGGUGAUUUUGGAGAAAGAGGUCCAACUGGUCCAGAUGGAAUUGAAGGUGUUAUGGGUUCUCCAGGGACGGCUGGAUUUCCUGGACUAAGAGGUGACCUAGGACCAGAAGGACCCCGUGGACCAACAGGGAUUGUGGGACCUCAGGGUUUACCAGGAAAUGCUGGGCAGUCUGGAUUGAAAGGUGAUAAGGGCAAUCCUGGUUUAGUGGGCCCACCUGGAGAAAUGGGGUAUCAAGGAGACAAGGGUGCAGCAGGUUUGCCAGGACCUCCAGGAAUCAGAGGAAAGCCAGGACCACCUGGAAAAAUUGGUGAUCAAGGUCCCCAAGGAUUGCCAGGGCCCCCAGGACCAGAGGGAUUUCCAGGAGAUAUUGGAGUUCCAGGUCCAAAUGGCCCUGAAGGUCCAAAGGGCGCUCCAGGUGAUCGUGGGCCAACUGGACCUCCUGGGCCCAAGGGAACCGAGGGGGAAGAAGGUCCACUUGGACCUCCUGGAGUACUUGGACCAACAGGUAGGCCAGGAAGAAAGGGGUACAUUGGAGAAUCCGGUCCAGAUGGUUUAAAGGGAGAAACAGGUGAUAUGGGAAAUGCAGGGAAAUCUGGACCACAAGGACAAGUUGGUUUAAUUGGACUCCCUGGUGUCAUUGGUGUUCAAGGAGAAAAGGGAGAUCGUGGUCCAGCUGGACCUUUAGGCCCUCCUGGAGAAAAGGGAUCAGUGGGUUACCCAGGCCCCCCUGGCAGUUCAGGUCAAUCUGGUCCACAAGGGCAGCCUGGUCCUGUAGGGGCAAGAGGACCAGCUGGACCUCAGGGUCCAAAAGGACGAAGGGGCCCAAGAGGUCCUGAAGGACCACCAGGAGAAAGUGGACCUCAAGGAAUUAAGGGUGAAAAAGGUGAUGCUGGUAAAAAAGGAGGAUCAGGACUUAUUGGAAAAGCUGGAGACCCAGGAGAAAGAGGUCCUCAAGGAAUUCCUGGUCUACCUGGAUAUCCUGGAAAUACAGGAGAGAAAGGAAUUCAAGGUGAACCUGGCCUCAGAGGUCUGCAAGGUGAACCUGGUCAAGGAGGAGAAAUUGGACCUGAGGGACCCCCAGGUCCAGAAGGAGAUUUGGGGCACCAGGGGGAACCAGGUGAAAAGGGAGACCUUGGAGUACCUGGAAAUGAGGGCGAACAGGGACAGCAAGGAAUCAGAGGGGAACCAGGGCCUCCAGGUGAAGAAGGCAGUCAGGGAAAAGAUGGACCAAAGGGGGAAAAGGGUAACCCAGGAGCAAGGGGAGAAACUGGUGAAAAAGGUGAUGAAGGAGAACCAGGGAUUGUGGGUCAUACAGGUGAACCAGGAAUCAAUGGUGUUCGAGGGCCUGAAGGUAAACCAGGACUUCCCGGAAAUCGUGGAAAGCCAGGAAAAAAGGGUGAAAAAGGUCAGCUUGGAUACAUAGGAGAAACUGGCUCAGCUGGUGAAACUGGGCAGCCUGGGGAAAGAGGACCUAAAGGCAGUAGAGGAACUAGAGGACCCAUGGGAUCAUUGGGAUCGAUGGGUCCAGAAGGCGAGCCCGGUAUUCCAGGAUAUUAUGGUCAUCAAGGAAAACCAGGUCCUCCUGGUCCACCAGGUCCCAAAGGUGAAAAGGGUUUCCCAGGAGAGGAUAGCACUGUAACAGGACCCCCAGGGCCACAGGGUGAACCUGGUCCUUUUGGUGAACGCGGAGAGCGUGGAGACCCUGGAGAUGAAGGCUAUGAGGGUCUUGUAGGUCUCCCAGGACUAAGAGGUGCAAUUGGACAACAAGGACUGCCGGGGGAACCAGGAGAACAUGGCAAACAGGGCCCAAAAGGAGAGAAAGGACAUCAGGGACCACAAGGGAAAAAAGGAACACGUGGUCUAGCAGGCAAACCUGGUAAUGAAGGUUUUCCAGGUCCACCUGGUGUCAAAGGAAUUCCUGGAUAUCAAGGAUUAGAAGGAGCCAUUGGAAAUCCAGGGAAACCUGGACUUCCAGGACAGAAAGGUCCUACAGGUGAACAUGGAAAUCCAGGUCUGGUGGGACUGGCUGGCUUUCCAGGACCACAGGGAGAAGCUGGACUACCAGGAAACCCUGGAGAACAAGGGCCUCCUGGGCCCAAGGGUGAACCGGGUCUGGUUGGUGAACAGGGUAAAUCUGGAAAAAGGGGUCUGACGGGUUCACAGGGAGAUCAGGGGAAACCAGGAGAGCCAGGUGUAAAAGGCCAACAGGGGGAACCAGGUGAUCAAGGAAUUUUCGGUCUUGAGGGAUUUCCAGGCCCAAAGGGACCCAAUGGAGAUAUAGGAAUAAAGGGCAUACCUGGUCCAAAAGGUCCUGCUGGAAUUUUGGGAUAUGGUGGGCCUGUGGGUCCAACUGGAAUAAUAGGACCAUCUGGAAAAGCAGGGCCUAAAGGUGACAAAGGAAGCAGAGGGGAAAUGGGUCCCCAGGGGCCUAGAGGAAAUCCAGGACCACGUGGUCCACCAGGAGCACCUGGCAUAACUAGAAAAGUGGAUAUUAACUCAGCUAUUCAAGCCUUGAUAGAAUCAAAUGCAGCUUUAAGACUUGAGAGUUACCAGAAUACUGAGAUUCCUCUACAAGAUCAAAGUUCAGACAUCUUCAAGACUCUUCAUUACUUAAGUAGCCUAAUGCACAGCAUUAAGAACCCUCUAGGCACCCAAGAGAAUCCUGCUAGGAUUUGUAGAGACUUGCUGAACUGUGAACAGAAGAUGUCAGAUGGAAAGUUUUGGAUAGAUCCUAAUUUAGGAUGCCCUUCUGAUGCCAUUGAGGUUUUUUGUAAUUUUACUGCUGGUGGCCAGACUUGUCUAAGUCCUGAUUCUUCUACCAAGAUGAACUUUGGAAUAGGAAAAGUGCAAAUGAACUUCCUACACCUUUUGAGCUCGGAAGCCACUCACAGUAUUAUUAUCCACUGUCUCAACACUCCAGUAUGGAAUGUCACAAAUCCAAGUCAUCAAAAGAAAUCUGUCCGCUUCAAGGGUUGGAAUGGACAAAUAUAUGAGGCAAACAAACUACUUGAACCAAUGGUCCUAAAAGAUGAAUGCAAGAUUCAAGACGGCAGCUGGCACCAAACACACUUCCUAUUCAGUACUCAGGACAGCGUCCAGCUGCCUAUCGUGGAGAUUCAAAGACUCCCCUCUCUCAAGUCUGGGCAAAAAUAUCAAGUAGAAGUUGGUCCAGUCUGUUUUCUGUGAAGCAUUCAAAACUACUUGCAGAUUGUGGAGUGAAACAUUAAAGUUGCUUUCUUUUGUUAAGAAGACACUUUAAAGGGAUCUUUUUGUCCUCCUUGUCCAGGACAACUCAUCACACACGUCCAUAUCUAACAGAGCUUGUCUUGUACAUAUAAGGACUUCUCAGGAAGAUGCAACUACAAUGAAAAAACUUAACGGAUGCACAGGAAUAGAUUAUAUAUUUAUAAGUGUGUAUGUAGAAAAAUAUUUAAAGUUGAAAUGAUAUAUUAAGUGCUUCCCUUCAUAGCUUUCUAAGACAGAGCAUCACUGCAGAUGAAACGUUCUUGAUGUGCUGCAGCUCUCUGAAACACAAACAAACACUGAGGAAAGCACUUUACGCGCACCCACAUGAGCAAAUUAGCACACUCAUCCUGUUGUUCUUCAUCGAUCCUCGUGACGACCUUUGUCCUUAUUCAUCUUCACUGAUGGUGCUCUACCUCCUACGUAUUUUUUACUUUUUUCACCACUGGUGCUAUAGAUUACUACUUUGUGGUUUAUAGAAUGAACAGAUUUUGAUGUACUGUAUGGAUUUUUAUUUCAAGAUGUAUGUACUGGUUACAUCAUGAUUUCACCUGUUAUAUAAUUACUUUUUAAAACAGAUUUUGAGCAUCUAUUGCAAUAAGAUUUUAUUUAUAUAAAUGGCGGGGUGGGGGGACGGGUUAGCUAUGUUUUACUUGUCAUGUUUGAUUUUUGGUUGUUUGUUUUUUCAGAUUUGGUUCACUAGCACACCUUUCAUUGUGCUUGCAGGUAUGACAAGCACAUGCUCUACGCCUAUCCAAAUAUUUUAUUGUGUAUAACUGUUACUGUGUAUUAUGCUGAUUCUGUUAAGGGUACUAAGUCAAGACAAAGAUCUACAAAACAAUAAUUACUGUGUA